AUGUGGCGUUGGUUCACCUACGAGGAAGAAUACCCGGGAGAAGAGUCGAAACAUGAUCCAAACCACGUUCUCGUACGCCAAACCAGCACCAGCACCGGAGGGCGGCUUUCUGCUCAAGCUCCGCACGGCGGCAGUAGCAGCAAUAGUGACACCGACAGCGACUCAGAUGUGGCACCGACGUUCGAUAAGCUGGACCCGUCAGUGACUGCUGCAAUACUGGCCCAGGCUGCGUUUCGAGGCUACCGCCUGCGUGAGCGCCUACGCCGCCUGCCCGCUAGGGAGGCGGAGAAGCACAUAUUGGGCUUGCACAACAACGCUCGCGGCUUCCGGCGGGUGGGCCUCUUCUUGCUGUUUUCCGGGCUGUACUUCGCCUUGGUCUUCUACGGAGUCGACGUGUCUUUCCAGCGCUCUGUGCAGCAGGCCCUAAGGGAUCACGUUGCCGGGGUUAAGUACGGUCCGGAUCUGGACAAGACCCAUCAUGACGUCGCCUCCCUCGCGGAUGUUCACCAGUGGGUUCAGGUGGGCAAGGAACGACGGAGGUGGUAGCAGCACUCUGGCUGGUGGUUUCUUCCAGGUUUCUUGGCUACGUUCAGGCCUGCCGUGUCGUUGUUUUCUCGUUUUUUCUUUUGCGAGAGGCUUCCGAUUUCCUAUGAUUUUCUGCUUCGUUGCUUGCAUUUCUAUUCCUCCAACCGGCCUUGUACCUGAAGACUUACGACGGCACGCAACUGGAGCACCCUUGUACACCUUGCGCCAUCAAGCCCCCGGACGAUGUCUGUGAUGCGUGCGACUUCACUUCCGUAUACGAAAUGUUCGCCCAAGAUUCGGAUUCUUCUUCAGCCGAUUCUGUCGGCUCCGAAGGGGAACCCAGCUCUGGCGAGGCGGUAGCAGCGGCUUGGAACGGCCGCAGG